AUGGCCGCAGGCCGAGACCGCGGGGACUUGGCUGCUCGGCAGCUCGUGUUCCUACUUCCAGAGCAUUUCUUGGUGGGGCCCCGCUGACCUUUCUCAGAUGGCUGCUGGAUCUGCUCCGGGCUGUUGAGCACGUUCUGAAGUGAUGGAUGGAAUGGAUCGGUUGCCAAUGGAAUACUUAAAAGACGCCUCAAAGAAGAUGAAGAAUGGCCUCCUGUUUGUAAAACUGGUCAACCCGCGCUCAGGGGAAGGAACCUUUUACCUGUUCGAUAUGUGUCUGCAGCAGCUGUUUGAAGUCAAAGUUUUCAAGGAAAAACACCGUUCUUGGUUUAUAAAUCAAUCAGUUCAAUCAGGGGGGCUUCUUCACUUUGCAACACCCGUGGAUCCUCUCUUUCUACUCCUUCACUACCUCAUAAAGGCUGGCAAAGAGGGAAAGUAUCAGCCCUUGGAUCAAGUUGUAGUGGAUGACAUGUUCCCAGAUUGCGUCUUGUUGCUGAGAUUUCCUGAGCUUGAGAAGUCACUUCGGCAUGUGACAGAGGAGAAAGAAGUCAACAGCAAGAAGUACUACAAGUACAGCACAGAGAAGACGCUGAAGUGGCUGGUGAAAAAGGUCAACCAAACUGUGGCAGCAUUAAAAGCCAAUAAUGUCACUGUGGGAGCCCGGGUACAGUCAUCUGCAUAUUUCUCUGGUGAUCAGGUUUCUAGGGACAAGGAAGAAGAUUAUGUUCGCUAUGCCCAUGGUCUGAUCUCUGAUUACAUCCCUAAAGAAUUAAGUGAUGACUUAUCAAAGUCCUUGAAGCUUCCAGAACCUCCAGCUUCAUCUCCAAACCCUCCAUCGAAGAAACUAAAGUCAUCAGAUGAGCCUGUAGAAGCAAAAGAAGAUUACACUAAGUUUAACACUAAAGACUUGAAGACUGGCAAGAAAAAUAGCAAAAUGACUGCAGCUCAGAAGGCUUUGGCUAAAGUUGACAAGAGUGGAAUGAAAAGUAUUGAUGCUUUUUUUGGUGCAAAAAAUAAAAAAGCUGGAAAGAUUUGAAGCAUGGAAAAUAAAAUCUAAUGGCACAGAAAAAGAAGGUUGCCCCUCGCUUGCUCUGUCUCUCUUCUUGCCGCUGCCGUCCUGACCUUAGUCACUCCACUGAGGAACAGGAGAAGUAGUUUUGAGAUCCUGCCACUUGCUGGGGUUGGAUUGGAUGUCUAACAAAGUAUUACAGGAGCUUCCGACGGGGCCUCUGGAAGGUUGCCAUGGUGAGAAGUCAUCAAGUGACCAGAGACACAGUCACAGCUUCCUCGCAAAGGUUUUAGUGCUGGUCAGCCAUUCUCUGUUCCCUCCCGUGUGGCUUCAACUGAAAUGAGCUGGACAAUAAAAUGGUGCAUUUUGGUAAAUCUUA